AUGGCAGCUGCACUCCGGAAACGGUCCAUCUUCGAAAAUAUUGAUGAUCUCUUAUCACCGGACACAUCGCAGCCGUCAACGGCCACUGAUAAAAUGCAGUGUCCGUUGUGCUCCAAAUCUUAUCUUACAUUUUUCGGCCUGCGCAGGCACAUGCAGGGCCACCAAGACGGACGAGUUGACCAAACAUGCGCCCACUGUCACAAACACUACAAGUGA